UUGUUAGAACAUAAGUAAAAAUCUGAAGUUGAAAACUGAAAAUGUGACUUGCAUAAUAUGUCGUCAUAAUUAUUUUUUAAAUUUGUGUCUGCAACUAUAGACCUCUAGCUAUGCUUGUAUCCUCGUUUCAGAGUUGUUACUAUUAUCUUUUGAAAAGGUAAUGAUCGUAUUCACAAAACAGCACAAAGGGAGUGCUGUAAAUUCCGUACAUGUGAGCAAAAAACCAAAAGUAUGACCCUCUCCUAAACACCAAAAGUAUGACCCUCUCCUAAACUUAGACGGACUCUAUAAACUCUAAUAAAGCUUCUGUCUCGUUAGCAUAUUCCAGUUUACACCAAGAAUGAAACAACAAAAGACAAUCUAACUUUAUCCUCUGUAAUCGUUUGUGCUUCUCUUCAAAACACCUGGACUUCCUUUCUCUCCAAACUACCCACCAGAUACAAGAAGGAGCAGUACUCCACCAGCUAUUUCUUUUUUUUUUUUUUUGCCUUGUCCAUACCUAUAUCAACAUUGCAAAAGAUCAUGUGUAGUCCUUGCUAUUAUUUCUAAGCUAAAGUUGUGAAAUAUGCUAGGAUGUGAUUACGAUUAAUCCUAGUUAAGCCUCUAUUUUUGCUGAUAUCUAUAUUCUUCUACCAUUUUCCAGGUGAUCAGAAAGAAAGUUAAGUUAUAUCGUAGUUACUUGAGGAUCUUAUUAAAUUGACAGUUGAAAUAGAAGUACUGAUAAGAUGUAUAAACAGCCAGAUACAAUAGUGUUAGUUUGAAUUAUUAGGGGAAAUUUAGGUGAAGACAGCGCAGAUGAAGCAGGUAAGUAGGUUUGGUAUAUUAUAAUAAAGAAAGUAUUAAUAGAACAAAUGGGUUUUGCAAGAUGUAUAUACUUUUCCAGGCUCCAAGUGAUGUUGUAAUCUUGACAAAAUCAAUUGCUGUUGUCUUGCUUCUUGUGCUACCAGUUUAUUUAACCUUUCAGGGGUAGCGGUUAUUCUAUUCAAAUGAGUCAUUUGCAUCUAUUCAGAGAUUAUAUGUUACGCCAGUAAAAGUUAUCUUCAGCAACAUAGUUGGUAGCGGGCACUUCAUUGUACAAAUAGAAGUAGUGGGUAAUUCACAUAGCCAUGUUAUUUCUUCUCUUACAAUUGCUGUAUUUUCUCUUUAAAGGAAGGGGUUUAUGGAUGAGGGAACAAGAUAAAAAAUGUAAUAGUAAGAUGGCAAGAAAGGUUUGCUUUAGAUCUGGUUUGGUUUUGAUAUCCGUUUAUAAAAGAAGUAACAAUCAGAAGGAUUGAUAGUCCUGAUGCCUUUAGAAGUGAAAGCUAGAUUUUAAUUUAGUUUCUGCAUAACCGAGCAUUUGAUCAAGUUUACUCACUUGUGCUCAUUCUGGAUAGAUUGCAUAGAAUUCAUUUAGUCCAUCUCCUCCUGGGGACGUGCAGUAACUUCUAUGCCAAUAUCUUUGUUUACUUCCAUGUAGAGCUAAUAUCAGUAUGCUUUAACAUGGGAAAGUAUCCUGAUGUUUCUUCAUUUUAGAGCAUGAAAUAAACAUAAGCUAAAAUAGGCCUUUUCCAUUCCAUUUUUUCAGUUACCUUCCCUUCGGUGGAGGACCAAGAAAUGUGUUGGUGACAUGUUUGCCACAUUUGAGAAUGUAGUGGCAGUUGCAAUGCUUGUUCAACGAUUUGAUUUUCAAAUUGCUCUUGGAGCUCCUCCUGUUAAACUCACAACUGGGGCUACAAUCCACACUACAGAAGGAUUAAACAUGACCGUAACACGAAGUACAAGACCUCCAGUAGUGCCCAAAUUGGAGAUGGCAACAUCAGAAGUAGAUUCAUCUGUGAAUAGUUCGGAUGUCAACUCAGUUUCAAGCCAAAGAACCGAAGCUGAAGCUUCUACUGUUCGAUCAUAAUAGAACUGAAUACAAGAAACAGCAUGUAUUUUAACAAAAAGGGGACUAUGUUUAAGGGUCCUUAACCAUGAGUUGCCGGUCCUCAAGAUAAGCAAGUAUGUUUCAGGGUCCUUAACCAUGAGCUGCCGGUCCUCAAGAUAAGGAGGUCCAUAAUCUUAUAGUUACAUUGCUGUCAGUAAUGGUAUAAGGUGGAUUAUUAUAGGCAACAGUCUUAUUAAAAUUGAGUCCACUUCAGGUGGCCUAUACAUGAUAUUUUUUUUUUUCAAGCCUUGAAAUGGUCAAAUUUCAUUUCAGUUGAGCUCUCGGUUGUUGUUUUGAUCAGUGUCAGCUACGUUCUUCAGUAUUUGUUGUA